GACCUGACCGAGUAUUGAUCUGUGCUCCUCUUACCUGUGAUACUUUGUUAACCCCCGACAAACAAAAAGCUGCGUCUCUUCGUCAGCUGCCGGCGGAUUUUCAAACUUAAAGCCGUGAGUGUCCCGCGGCUGCAGCUUCAGGACCAGCGGCUGUCCAGCGGUGUGCAGAGAUGUGGCAGCGAUAGAUGAGCGGGUCACAGAGGCUGCAGAGGAGAGGACCAUGGCCUGGCGAGUGUGGUCAAAGCUCUGCUGUGGUCAAAAAUGGCUGCUCCUCCUGUGCCCCCUCUUCCUCCUCCUCCUCACAAUCUCAGUAAUGACGAUCACUCUGCCUCUCCCCACACCACCAGUUGACAUUGACCGCCGGUCAUCCCGCGCCCUGAGUUCUGCUGGGGAGUUCAGAUCCAGGCCAAGGGUAGUGGAGCCCCCUCCUGCCACUGCUUUUCAGCAGCCAUCCACUCACAUCCAUAAUGAGGCCUGGAGAAGCAGCAGAGGAAAAGAGACAUCUAAACUGUCAGUGCCCCUUCUACAACAGGGCAAUGACAAAAACAGAAUCAACAGAGAGCACAAGGAGAGUCACACAGACAGAAAUAAACACAAAAACAAAGAGAUGGCAGGCGCCAUGCAGCACCCAGCCGGUCACCAUCAUCUCCCACAGUUUAUAGUCAACAGCACAGGGCCAAAACAUAGAAUUAAGCCCAGAAACCACAAUGCUGUGGUAAAGCACACUGCUCAGACAAACAUUCAUCUUGAAAGGGGCAAAUCCACCACAGCACAUAACCCUGCUCAGGCAGAUAUGAGUGAGAGACGGACUGCAGGCAGACAGGUGGGCAGAUGGGGGGAUAGACACACAGACAGGAAUACAGGCACGCAAAUACAUGGCAGCCAUACAAGUGCAAAGUUAGCGGAACAUCACCACGCCUUGGGUAAACACAGACAAGCAACAAAGCAUGCAGGGAAAUCUGAUGAAAUCAAUAAGGAGCAGCAGGCUGUGAAAAAGCCCUCCAGGGAUCUCAAAAAACACCACAAUCUGCCUGAGGACCCCCCUGAUGUGAGGAAGAAUCAAAGGUCACUGGACCAUAGAAAAGCUUCUUCCAAAGCUGAGGCAGCCGUGAAGACAGACGACAGCAGCUGGUGUCAGAGAUUUACAGAGCGGGACUUCCCAGACAGGGACCACAGGAGGGUCAGGAUUGGUCCACAGCCUCUUCCCUGGCUCAGCCACGACGACAUCCAGAAGAUGGAGCUCCUUGCCGGGGGGGAAGUGGUCAGUAAGGCCAGGGUGCCUGCGCAUGGACAGGUUCUCCAAGUGGCUCUGGAACCGCUUGCACACCAGAAGGAGCCAUUACAGAUGAGAGACUCUCCUCAGCAUAGACACGGGCAGAGACAUCCUGAAAGCCACAGUGAGCGCUGCCAGCAGGGGCGCUGCUCCCUAAUCAAACGCACCGAUGACUGGUUUGAGGUUUUUGCCUUCCACCUGGACAGAGUGCUGGGACUCAACAGAAGUCUCCCUGCAGUGCUGAGGACUUUCCACAGUGACAUUCUACCAUAUCGCUACAUCAGGGGCACCCCCAGGCCGGUACUGUGGUGGGACCCAGAUAUUCAGCACCUCACUGACAGAGACAAUGACCAGAACUCAGUACCACUCAGCUGGGUUCAGUACCAGAAACUGCUGCUGCUGCACUGUGGGAGGGACACUGACCUGAGGUCUGCGCCCUGUGUGGGAGUCCACCACUCAGAGUGGGGAAGACUGGCUCUUUUUGACUUUUUAUUACAGGUGAGGAAGGCAGAUCCCUCCAGACUGGUGUUCAUAGACAACGCCGGCAGACCACAGCAGUCCACCGACAACCUCAACUUCAGACUGGUUGAAGGCAUUGAUGAGUUUCCAGAAAAAGCAGUGUCAGUGCUACAGUCUGGCUGCCUGGAGAGUCUUCUUCUGCGCUCCCUUUACACAGACAGGGAAUUCUGGGACAGCCAAGGUGGGGUUAGCGGCCUCAGGCCUCUCAUCCACAUGGUGCAGCAGAGAGGGAAGAUUCUCCUCCAGCACAUCAGGGACAGAAAGCUCCAGCUAAAGAGAGACCUGUGAGCUGAGCUGACCGGACUGCAGCAGAAACUUAACACAGGCUUCAUGUUGAUGAGCUCAAGCGGAUCAAAAAAGAUCGUUCUGCAGCAAAAGGAGCAAACAUGACUCACAGGAGCACAUUGGACAAGCUGGGAUGUAAAAGAAAUAUUGGGGGUUUCAAAAAUAUUCACGCUGAAAAUCACAUUUAAAACACAGGAGUUGUGAUAUUGUUCCAGCAGGGCCACGAUAAGACACAAUACAAGUGUACUGGUGCAGUGUGUAUCUGUUACGUAUAAGCCAAGGACUGAGUGUAUUCUGUUAUCAGUAGUUCUGAAGAAAAAGGACAUCACCAUUUAUCAUCUCAACUCACUGAGUUUUACUGUUUUCCUCUGGUGCUGUUUUGUUUGCUAACCUUCAUUAUCCCUUGUUAUUUCAGCAGGCUGCUGUCAGACCUCUGUGCAUCUAUCAGAGAACAGUGACAUCUGUUGCUUGACUUGACAAUAAUUCAAUUGGCCUUUGCAACAGUUUCUUAGUAAACAGAAAAAAAAUACAUCAAAUAUAAAACGAUUUAAGUGCACAGCUUCAAACUCUAGAGGGGGCCGGUGAGAGCAGCAAAAGCAGAGUUUUUCCACUUUUAAGUAAACCACCAAGUCUGCAGUCAAUAGCCUAGAUAAAAGGAUUGCUGCUCUUUUAUUGUCUUUAAGGUUCAGUGUGUAGAAUUGAGUGAUUUCUAGAGAUGAAGUUUCAUGUUG